CUGCGACUCCCAAAACCUGCACUGCAGUAAGGAUGGGCACCAACAAAUCGGUUGUUAUCUUUCCGAGUUGUAGUUGGUUAAGUUGCUGUUGUCCUUGAGAAAAAUGGAUUCUCUUUUUCAGUCCGUUCACCUGCGGACCAGCGACAUCUUCAAGCUCCGAAGCAUCGUAAAUUCGACCCAGGCUGUUCUCUAUACAACUAUGCCCCUCUCUCAUGAAAAACGUGGUCAGCACUAUGUGCCAGAAGCAGGCGAAGGAGAACAGAACCACCACUAACCAAAACACGUGCUCGAGGAGAUAGGUUCGCAAACCACGACUCGUCUCUGACAGUGCAGUAAUUGAAGACUUUUGAGGUUUGAAGAAUUUCACGACUUCGUGAACUUCAUCUGAGGAGGAAGACGUUGAGGAAGAAGACGUCGACGAGGCUGUUGUUCUUCCGAAACUGUGCAGCUGGUUGUCUUCUUCCUGCAAGGUCGCCUUUGCCCAUUGCCGUAAUCGUUGAUCUACUUCUG